UGGGAACCAUCACCUCACAAUAACAUACCUGGUACAGGGAUCUCGUUCAUCCAGCAGCGGCAUGGUUACAUUGAUCAACACCCCCCUCCUUCGACCGUUACGGAAUGGAAGGGCGCCCGGGAUAUCCCAACCGGGUAUUCGCGACUUCUACAAUGCAGCCUUCCCUCAAUUUGUUCUCACUUUGUUCUCAGAUCAAUUUUCCCUUCCAUCGCGACCUUCCCUGUAGCGAGUGACCGAGCCUUGCCAGCCAUUCAUCAGGUAAUUCACCAGGCGCAAAGAUGUCUUUGGCAGACGCUGUCGAUGGCGGAAAGCCGACCGAUCCUGAUCGCCCAACAACGUUCAUUAGCCCUAUGCACAGGAAACUCUAUGACUCAAACGUCACAUUUGAGGAAUACAUGCACUAUGCCAAGCACACAAGAGCUGAGGAGGAAGCCGAGCAGCACAUUCCUCAAGGGGGUCUUUUGCAACAGGUUUUCCGAAGAGAAUCAGCCACACUUCUUCCACCAGGGACAACGCACCAUGACGGCGCCACGAGUGAGGAAGGAAUUGGUUCGCCUGGUCUUCAAGAGAAGCAAAUCACACCUUCCCCCGGAGCGGACGAUCAACCACGUCGGAAGAGCUUCUUGUCUAGACAUUCCAUGGUCCCUGAAGAGGAAUGGCGACAGGCUGCACGCGCUCUAAGAACAGCAACUUGGGGCGCCGGCUUCUACCUCAUCACCACAGAUAUUCUUGGCCCAUACGGAGUUGGUUUUGCCCUUGGAACUCUCGGCUGGGGUCCCGGCGUUGCCCUUUACACCGUCUUUGCCUUCAUGGCAGGCUAUUCUGGCUACCUCCUUUGGCAAGUCUACCUGGGUCUUGACUCAUACGAGUUUCCGCUCCGCAACUACGGCGACCUUGCAUACCGGACAAUGGGCAAUGUUGCUCGAUAUGUCGUCAACAUCCUUCAGUCGCUGCAACUCCUUCUCAUUUGUGGCCAAGUUAUCAUUCAAAAUGGAAUGGGCAUCUCACAGACCUCCAAGUUCCGGCUAUGUUAUGCUGUGUGCGUGGUCCUCUUUGUGAUUGCAGGCUUCUUCAUGGGCCAAGUUCGCACUCUGCGCAACUUUGGUGUCUUUUCGAUGGUCGCCGUGGGCAUCAACCUCUUGGUGAUAUUCAUCUCGAUGGGGGUGAUGGCCCACUCGCCUCCAAACUACGGGAUCAGUACGUUGGGAUCCGCGGGCUCGGCUGUUGACGCAACCACGAUUACCCCUGAUGCUAAUGGCGUCUACCCUCCGAUCAUCCACUACGGAGGAAUGCCUGACUCGGGCAAUUUCGUCGGUGCCAUCAACGGUCUGAUGUCUGGUGUUUUCGCAUACGGCGGAGCUCAACUUUUCGUCGAAAUCAUGGCUGAGAUGCGCCGGCCCUGGGAUUUCAUCAAAGCCAUGUGGCUGGCUCAAUUCUUCAUCUACGCGGUCUAUCUGAUCUAUGGAUGCUACGUCUACCAUUUCCAAGGACAAUAUGCUUUCGAAAUCUCCUAUAUGGGCCUUAGUGUCUACGGGUUCCAAGCCGCCUGCGAUAUGCUCGUCGUGAUCUCGGGGCUGAUCGCCGCUGGACUUUACGGCAACAUUGGUAUCAAAGUCUUGUACAACCAAGUCCUCCAGGAAAUCUUCAAUGCUCCGCCUCUUACAUCAAAGGCUGGAAAGUACUUGUUCGCCUCGAUUGUACCGGUCUACUGGAGCAUUGCUUUCGUUGUUGCCGCUGCAAUUCCAGAUUACUUCGGAUUCGUCUCCGUUAUCGCUGCGUUCUGCAUCGUUCAAUUCAGCUACUCGUUUCCGCCUAUCAUUCAUCUCGCCUACACGAUGAAGAAGAACGCCGUGCUCCCAGGGGAGGGUUUUGAUCCGGCGACCGGCCAGACGAGACGCAGCGAUAGUGGUAUCAAGCGGUACAUCAGAGGCUUUUUCGCAGAUCGAUGGUAUAUCAAUGUCUGGCAUGUCAUUCACGCUGGUGGUGCACUCGCAACCGCUGGACUCGGUGCGUAUGCGGCCAUCCAGGGUAUGAUCGAUGCCUUCAAGAUUCCAGAGGUCAAUUCUUUCACCUGCACUAGUCCUCUGAACCUGAACGCCUGAUCUGGCUUGGACCUGAGGGACGUGAUGACAUUGCAGCUUCGCGAUCAUUCAUUCGGGAUCGAGCCCAAGGAAUGAAUGCUGUUCCUUGAGCGGAAAAAGAAAAGAUCUGAGACAGAAAUGCCAGUGUGUAAGACCAGCAAACAAUGCCGAGUCGGCAAGCGAGUUUCCAGAAGACGAGAUGGCACGGUCCAGGCGGAGGGUUACAUGUGUGCGACGCUGUAUACGAAGGACUUUGUGAUGAUCACAAGCAUUCGUUCCUUCGAGCCUGACCAGAUUGGCUAUCGAAUUGGCUUCCAAAUGCUCUCAAAGUCAGACUGUGCCACUUUUUCUGGAAGUGGGCUUGUCGGGUCGCUGCAGAAGUGACUGUCUUGGGACGAAAUGGUGGUG